AUGGCAGACCUCAGCAACAUUCUUGCUGCUUUGGCGGCACAAAGGCAAGGGAGCACGCCGCAAGCCGCUCCCCCUCCACCUGUUCCCGGUGCUCCUUACCCUCCGCCUCAAUACGCCAGUCCUCCAGGCAGCGCACCACCCUACGGGCUACCUCAGCCCAUACACUCGGGUAGCGUUGACUUGGCGAACAUCAAACCAGUCAGCUCGGGCUCUGUCAGCAUUGCCGACGCCGUUGCCAAAGCUCGGGGCAUAGCUGCCGAAAAAGGCCUUUCUUAUGAUCCAGCACCUAUUAAUCCACCUGAUCUUCGUACUGGAAGCAGAGCGUACCGGCGCUCAAGGUCACCCUCUCGAUCCCCGCCACGCCGCGACGGCUAUCGCGAUGCAUACAAUCCUUACAGGGACGAACGACGCGGGAAUGAUCGAGGAUACAACAAAGAACGCUCAUUUUCUCCAAGAGGUGGGCGUUAUUCUCCAGGGCGAUAUCGGGAUGAUCGAUCACCUGGUCUUGACCGAGGGGGCGAAGGCGAUUCAGAAAUUCUGCCCCUUGACAAAGGUGUGGUUGGGCUCAUCAUUGGACGCUCUGGAGAAAACCUACGCAGAGUUGAAAAUACCACGGGCGCCCGCGUUCAGUUUAUGGAUGGGCCCGAAGUUCCGGGUCCUCAACGACAUUGCAGGAUAUCAGGCAGUCGAGCCGCAAGGACAGCUGCCAAAGCCGAGAUUUUUAGGAUCAUCGACGACAACGAGGUGGUAAAGAGGGGCCAGGACAAGUCGCGCACCAGCCAAGCCAAGGUCACGAGUACCAAAGAGGGUGACAGUCUUCAGAUGAUGGUCCCUGACCGAACAGUGGGCUUGAUUAUUGGCCGAGGCGGAGAAACUAUUCGAGACUUGCAAGAUCGAAGCGGGUGCCAUGUCAAUAUCGUCGGAGAGAACAAGAGUGUGAAUGGCAUGCGACCUGUUAAUCUGAUCGGCAGUGCGUCGGCUCAACAAUACGCGCGAGAUUUGAUACUGGAGAUUGUGGAGAGUGAUCAAAAAGGUAUCAGCAUCAAAGACCUUCACCGUGAGCGGGAGGACUCGCAUGGCAAGGUUAAUGACAGCAUCGUCGUGCCCGGAGAGGCUGUGGGCAUGAUUAUUGGCAAAGGGGGUGAGUCUAUUCGUGAUAUGCAGAAUCAAACAGGGUGCAAGAUCAACGUCUCGCCUGCUGCCGGGCGAGAUAUUGAACGCGAAAUUGGUCUCAUUGGCAGCCGGCACGCCAUCGACGCUGCUAAACGUGCCAUUAUGGAGAAGGUUGACGUUGUGCGUGCUCGAACACAAGCUCGGGAGCAUGAUAGUCGCGACGACUAUGCGGACAGGUACCCAGGACAACAGCCCACAUAUCCUCCCGCUGCCGUCAGCGUUCCCCAGGGCGUUGCACCGCCCCCAGCUGCCGGGGCAGCAGACCCAUAUGCCGCAUACGGUGGCUAUCAGAACUACCUCCAGAUGUGGUAUGCAGCCAUGGCGGCCCAACAACAAGGUGGCCAAGGUCAAGGUGAGCAACGAUAA